AUGAUCUCUAAGGGAAAAGGGGUUUCCGUUCCUCUCUGUCUGAGUUUUAAUUUAUGGGUUAAAUUUUGCAUUUUGCUGACGUUUUUCCCUUUCUACAUCUUUCUUUCUUUCUUUCCUAUUACAUAUAGUUUUUGUUGUUUUUUUCUAUCUACUUACACCCCUUUUCAUUUCUUUAUAUUUGUUUCAUAUCCUACCUUUCGUCGUCUGCUUGCUUUUAUACUUCUCUGCUCCUUUUUUUUAUAUCGUUUUACAUCUCUCUUUCAUUUUCUUUCUUUCUUUUCCCCGUUCUUUCUUUCUUUUUCUGUCCUUUUUUCUAUCCGCUCGUAUCUAUUUAUAUUUUUCUGUCCGCACAUUCAUUUCCAUAAUUUCUCUUUAUGUCUAUUUGCCUCUCUCUCUCUCUCUUUCUCUCUCACUCUCUCUGCAUCUUCCUGCUUUUCUUUAUUUUUCUCUUUCUUUCUUUGUUCCCUCGUUCUCUGUCUUAAUCUGCUUGCUUAUUUUCCUUCUUUAUUUCUUUUUUGCUUUCUUAAUCAGGGACUGAGAACUAGAAGUGGUUAUAUGCUUUUUUUUUUCUUAAAUAGUUUGGCCAUAACCACUUCCGUUUGGCAUACCUCGAGUUUCUUUCUUUCCUUUCCUGUCUGUUUUUUUUUCUUCUCUUUUAAUUACUCCCUUUUUAAACAUUAUUUACGUUUAAGUUUAUUUUCUUUCUUUCUUUUGUGGUUACUUUCGCUUUCUGUUCAUAUCUAUCUAUCUAUCUAUCUAUCUAUCUAUCUAUCUAUCUAUCUAUCUAUCUAUCUAUCUAUCUAUCUAUCUGUCUGUCUGUCUGCCUGUCUUUUCCAUUUCUUUCUUUCAUUUUUUUUUUUUUGCUCUUUCUUUCUUCUAUUUCCUCUUUUAGGUCUUUUAAAAUUUUCUACUUUUUUCUCUUAUACUCUGUUCCCCUUUCUUUCUUUUUUCUUUCCAUUUCCUCUCUUUCGUUUUGUUUUAAUUUUUCUUUCUGUUUUCCAUUUCCUCUCUUUCAUUUUCUUUCUUUCUUUUCAAUUUUUUAAUUUUCUUUCUUUCUUGUUUAUGAUCUCUUUAUUUUCUUUCUUUCUUUCUUUCUUUCUUUUUCUUUCUUUCUUUCCAUUUAACCCUCUUUCGCUUUGCUUUAAUGUACAUUCUGUUUUCCAUUUCUUCUCUUCAUUUUCUUCCUUUCUUUCUUUUAAUUUCCCCCUCUUUCGUUUUAACUUUUUUUAUUUUCCAUCUCUUCUCUUCAUUUUCUUUCUUUUUUCUUUUCAUUUCCCCCACUUUCGUUUUGUUUUAAUUUUUUGA